UAACUUGCAGAGCCCACAAACUUCCCUUCCAAUCCAUUCUUCUUCCUCUUACUUCCCCCAUUUCCCUGUUUUCACAUUCUUAAUUCAAGUCCCACCCAAAAGGGCCAAACCUACCCCACUCUUGGUUGUGAAUGUGGGUGGAAAGUUCCAUCCAAUUAGAGGCAAACAGCCUCCAUUUUCUCCGUUUCCAUUGCCUCCAUUUUCUCCGUUUUCUGUAUCAAAAUCCCUAACAAAUCCUCGAUCUAUUUGCGUUCUUCGAUAAUUUAACAGUUGGGUCAAGGCUCACCAAUCAAUCACCUCGAGAUGUUGAAAAAAAUCAGAAGAAAAGUCAAACUCGUGAUUAGCAAGAGCUUCAAAAAACGUUCAAAACCACCUAAAACCCCCAAAACCAUAACUCCACCUCCUUCUCCGCCUCCUCCUUUGUCUCCUUUGUCUCCUCUGUCUCCUUCAUCACCAAUCAUGGCAGAACCCCAUCACCACCAUCACAUUCCACAAUCCUCCCCCUUCCUCUUUCCAAAAAUCGAAUCCUCAGUCAUACCUGAUCCUUCCCCCUUCUUUUCUCCCGACCUCCUUACUGCCCCACUUCCCACCAAUUCCUUCUUCCAAAACUUUGUUCUCAAACAUGGUGAUCAGCCUGAGUAUAUUCACCCCUAUCUCAUCAAAUCUUCCUCCUCCUCUCUCUCCCUCUCAUACCCAUCUCAGUUCUUGACCUCUGUUUUCAUCUACCAAAUCUUCAAUCCUGAUCUCACCAUCUCCGCCUCCAACAAAACUGACCCAGAUUCUCAGAGACGCCACAUUGUGUCUUCCUUCAGUGAUCUCAGCGUCACUCUAGACCUCCCUUCCUCGAAUCUCCGGUUUUUCCUCGUCCGAGGAAGCCCGUUUCUCACCUGCGCCGUCUCCGGUGGGACUGCCCUUUCCAUCACGACGAUCCAUGCGAUUCUCUCAUUCUCACCAAGCAGUUCUCGCACCAAGUACACCAUUAAGCUCAACAACGGUCAAACUUGGCUGCUUUACACUUCUUCUGCGAUUAAUUUGACCCAUGAUAUUUCUUCCAUAACUUCUGAUGCGUAUUCCGGCAUAAUUCGGAUUGCCAUACUGCCAGAUUCCAAUCCAAGAUUCGAGUCGAUCCUUGAUAGAUUCAGCUCUUGCUAUCCCAUAUCAGGGAAAGCUGAAUUGAGUAAGCCCUUUUGUUUAGAGUACAGAUGGGAUAAGAAGGGAUGGGGAGACUUGCUCAUGCUCGCUCAUCCUCUACAUCUUCGGCUUUUGUCGGCUGAUGAUGAGGUCGCUGUUUUGGAUGAUUUCAAGUUUAACAGUAUUGAUGGUGAGCUUGUAGGUGUUGUUGGAGAUUCAUGGAAAUUGAAAUUAGACCCGGUUUCAAUAACCUGGAAUUCAAUUAAAGGGGUCAAGGAAGAAGCAUUUCCUGAAAUUGUUUCUGCGCUUUGCAGAGAUGUUGAGGAUCUGAAUUCAUCCAAUAUAUCAACAACAUCGUCUUAUUUUUAUGGGAAAUUGAUUGCCAGGGCGGCGAGAUUGGCAUUGAUUGCAGAGGAGGUGUGCUUUCUUGAUGUGAUACCGGUGAUUAGGAAGUUCUUGAAGAAUACGAUUACCCCAUGGUUGGAUGGGACUUUUAGUGGGAAUGGUUUCUUAUAUGAAGGAAAGUGGGGCGGACUUGUUACUAGACAAGGAUCAACGGAUUCGGGGGCAGAUUUUGGUUUUGGAGUGUACAACGAUCACCAUUUCCAUCUGGGUUAUUUUCUUUAUGGAAUUGCAGUGCUGGCCAAGAUUGACCCUGCAUGGGGGAGGAAGUAUAGACCUCAAGCUUAUUCCCUAAUGGCAGAUUUUAUGACCUUAGGGAGGCAUUCGAGUUCCAACUAUCCUCGUUUGAGGUGUUUUGAUUUAUGGAAAUUGCAUUCUUGGGCUAGUGGGCUGACCGAAUUUGCAGAUGGGCGGAACCAAGAGAGCACUAGUGAAGCUGUGAAUGCUUACUAUUCUGCAGCAUUGAUGGGAUUAGCCUAUGGAGACACCCAUCUUGUAGCCACUGGAUCAAUGCUUGCAGCAAUGGAGAUAAAGGCAGCUCAAACGUGGUGGCAUGUGAGAGAAGGGGAUAAAAUAUAUGCAGAAGCAGAAGAUUUCACAAGGGAGAACAGGGUGGUGGGUGUUCUGUGGGCUAACAAGAGGGACGGUGGACUUUGGUUUGCUCCUCCUGAGUGGAGAGAGUGCAGGCUUGGAAUUCAGGUGUUACCUGUAUUGCCCAUCACCGAGGUUCUGUUCUCUGAUGUGCAGUUUGCGAGAGAGCUGGUGAAAUGGACAUUGCCAGCUUUGGGAAGGGAGGGAGUUGGAGAAGGGUGGAAGGGGUUUCUAUAUGCCAUGGAAGGGAUUUAUGACAAAGAAGGGGCUUUGGAGAAGAUCAGGAAAGUGAAUGGUUAUGAUGAUGGAAACUCACUUACAAACCUUUUGUGGUGGAUCCACAGUAGAGGGGAUGAAGAGGAAGGGAGAUUUGAGGGAGGAAAAUACUGCUUGUUUAGCCAUUAUUGUCACUGAAAUUAUUGUCUUAUCUUAUAUUUGUAAUGUAUUUGAAUAAAAUGUGGCUCCUCUAUCUUUAGUAUUUGCUUUAAUGAAUUCCUCCUUUUUUUUUU